AGGAUGGAGCAGUUGCCUCUCCCGACAUAGGAGAUAUGUCUCCUGAAGGACCUCAGCCUCCCAUGAUUCUCUUACAGCAACUUUUGACAGCUGCUACACAACCAUCACCUGUGAAAGCAAUAUUUGACAAACAAGAGCUUGAGGCUGCUGCUUUGGCAGUAUGCCAGUAUCUGGCUGUAGAGUCUACACAUCCUUCCACUCCAGUGUUUGAAGACUGCAGCUCUAGUGAAGCUACAACACCCGUCACAGUGCAACAUAUUCGACCCACAAAAGUGAAGAAACGCAAGCAAUCUCCAAUUCCACCCCUUCCCAUUGUAGUUCAGCUUAUGGAAAUGGGAUUUCCUAGAAAGAACAUAGAAUUUGCACUAAAAUCUCUGUCUGGAACCUCUGGAAGUGCUUCUGGAUUACCAGGAGUGGAAGCCUUGGUUGGCUGGUUGUUAGAUCACCCUGAUGUUCAAAUUACGGAUCUCUCUGAUGCUGAUACUGUCUCUGAUGAAUAUUCAGAUGAGGAAACAGCAGAGGAGGUGGAAGAAGCUGAAGCUGCUUGCCCUGUGUCAAGUGGUGCUGUUGUAACAGAGAGCCAGACCUAUAAGAAACGAGCUGAUUUUUUAAGUCAUGAUGACUAUGCUGUGUAUGUGAGGGAGAAUAUUCAGGUGGGGAUGAUGGUUAGGUGCUGCAGAACCUACGAAGAGGUUUGUGAAGGGGAUGUAGGCAAAGUUAUUAAAUUGGAUCGAGAUGGAUUGCAUGACCUGAACGUACAGUGUGAUUGGCAACAAAAGGGUGGCACUUACUGGGUUAGAUAUAUCCAUGUUGAGCUUUUAGGAUUUCCACUGCAGAGUUCUGCUUCUCAUAUCAAGAUAGGUGACAAAGUGCGUGUGAAAAGCUCUGUUACCACACCCAAAUAUAAAUGGGGAUCAGUUACUCACCGCAGUGUGGGAGUUGUCAAAGCUUUUAGUGCCAAUGGAAAAGAUGUCAUUGUAGACUUUCCUCAGCAGUCUCAUUGGACUGGCUUGUUGUCAGAAAUGGAACUGGUCCCCAGUAUUCAUCCAGGAGUCACGUGUGAUGGCUGUCAGAUGUUUCCUAUCAAUGGGCCUAGAUUUAAAUGCAGAAACUGUGAUGAUUUUGACUUUUGUGAAACCUGUUUUAAAACCAGGAAGCAUAACACUCGACAUACUUUUGGCAGAAUAAAUGAGCCAGGUCAGUCUCCAGUGUUUUGUGGGCGUUCUGGAAAGCAGCUGAAGAGACGGCAUAGUAGUCAGCGGGGAAUGCUACUGGAUGACUGGUCAAGAAUAGUUAAGAAUUUGAAUGUCUCAUCCUCUGUGAAUCAAGCUUCACGCCUUAUUGAUGGUAGUGAGCAGUGCUGGCAGUCUUCUGGCUCACAAGGAAAGCACUGGAUUCGCUUGGAGAUUUUUCCAGAUGUUCUUGUUCACAGACUAAAGAUGAUAGUGGACCCUGCAGACAGCAGUUACAUGCCGUCUUUAGUUGUAGUUUCAGGGGGGAAUUCCUUAAAUAACCUUAUAGAGCUAAAGACAAUAAAUAUAAAUCCUACAGACACCACAGUGCCUCUUCUCAGUGAUUGUACAGAAUACCACAGGUAUAUUGAGAUUGCAAUCAAGCAGUGCAGAAGCUCUGGGAUUGAUUGCAAAAUACAUGGCCUCAGCAUAUUGGGACGUAUACGUGCAGAGGAUGAAGACUUGGCUGCAGUCCCUUUCCUUGCUUCUGAUAAUGAGGAAGAGGACGAUGAUAAAGCUAACACUGGGAGUCUUGUUAGAAAGAAGGCAGCUGGGCUUGAAUCAGCAGCUACAAUAAGAACCAAAGUUUUUGUUUGGGGACUGAAUGACAAAGACCAAUUGGGAGGGCUAAAAGGUUCCAAGAUAAAGGUCCCUUCCUUUUCUGAAACCCUGUCUGCCUUGAACGUUGUACAAGUAGCUGGAGGCUCCAAAAGCCUUUUUGCAGUGACUGUGGAGGGUAAAGUAUAUUCCUGUGGAGAAGCCACAAAUGGAAGGCUGGGUUUAGGAAUAUCUAGUGGAACGGUGCCUAUUCCCCGCCAAAUUACAGCUCUCAGUAACUAUGUGGUGAAGAAGGUGGCUGUUCACUCAGGUGGCCGGCAUGCUAUGGCAUUAACUGUUGACGGAAAGGUAUUUUCAUGGGGUGAAGGAGAUGAUGGAAAACUCGGUCAUUUCAGUCGAAUGAACUGUGAUAAACCCAGAUUGAUAGAAGCGUUGAAAACCAAACGCAUCCGUGAUAUUGCUUGUGGCAGUUCCCACAGUGCUGCAAUUACCUCUAGUGGUGAACUGUAUACAUGGGGUCUUGGAGAAUAUGGAAGGCUAGGACAUGGAGAUAAUACCACACAGCUGAAGCCUAAGAUGGUUAAAGUGCUCCUUGGCCACCGAGUCAUUCAGGUUGCUUGUGGAAGCAGAGAUGCUCAGACUCUUGCCUUGACAGAUGAAGGUUUGGUGUUUUCUUGGGGUGAUGGUGAUUUUGGAAAACUGGGCCGAGGAGGAAGUGAAGGAUGCAACAUUCCUCAGAACAUUGAAAGACUGAAUGGCCAAGGCGUUUGUCAGAUUGAGUGUGGCGCACAGUUCUCAUUGGCUCUGACCAAGUCAGGAGUGGUAUGGACAUGGGGUAAGGGUGACUACUUCAGACUAGGGCAUGGCACAGAUGUACAUGUACGAAAGCCACAAGUUGUGGAAGGACUGAGAGGUAAAAAGAUCGUGCAUGUGGCUGUAGGCGCACUCCACUGUCUAGCAGUAACUGAUACUGGGCAGGUUUAUGCUUGGGGUGACAAUGACCAUGGGCAACAAGGCAAUGGAACUACUACGGUAAAUAGAAAGCCCACUCUUGUCCAGGGCUUGGAAGGCCAGAAGAUCACCCGGGUUGCUUGUGGAUCUUCCCACAGUGUAGCAUGGACAACAGUGGAUGUAGCUACACCUUCUGUUCAUGAACCAGUACUUUUCCAGACAGCGAGGGACCCUUUAGGUGCUUCUUAUCUUGGUGUUCCUUCAGAUGCAGAUUCUUCUGCUGCCAGUAACAAAAUCAGCGGGGCAAACAGUUCCAAGCCCAAUCGCCCUUCCCUCGCUAAGAUUCUCCUAUCACUUGAUGGGAAUGCUGCCAAACAGCAGGCGUUAUCUCAUAUACUGAUGGCAUUACAAAUCAUGUAUGCCAGGGAUGCAGUUGUUGGAGCACUGAUGCCUGCAAGUAUGAUUGCACCAGUAGAAUGUCCCUCCUCAUCGCCAGCCCCCCCAUCAGAUGCUACUUCUACAGGAAGCCCUGCAAAUGGAGAUGAAUGCAUGCUUGUAGGAGAUAUAGAAGAGAGGCUGAGCCCAAACCCAUGGCAGGACAGGAGAGGGGAGGUUGUUUCUUCAGAAGAUGCUGUGACACCGUCUGCUGUAACUCCCUCAGCUGCUGCUGCCUCUUCCCGUCCUUUCAUUCCUGUCACAGAUGAUCCUGGAGCUGCCAGUAUCAUUGCAGAAACCAUGACAAAAACCAAAGAAGACGUAGAAAGUCAAAGUAAAGUGUCUGGCCCAGAACCACAGUACUUGGAUGAAUUUACUAGUCUCUUAGUACCAGAUGACACACGAGUCAUGGUUGACCUGCUAAAGCUUGCUGUGUCCAACCGGGCAGGGGAAAAGGGAAGAGAUGUUCUUUCAGCUGUGCUUUCUGGUAUGGGCACAGCUUACCCACAGGUUGCUGAUAUGUUGUUGGAGCUGUGUGUUACUGAACUAGAAGAUGUGGCAACUGAUUCACAAAGUGGUCGCCUCUCUUCACAACCAGUUGUGGUAGAAAGCAGCCAUCCAUAUACUGAUGAUACAUCUUCUAGUGGCACAGUUAAAAUACCAGGUGCUGAGGGGCUGAGGGUAGAAUUUGAUCGCCAGUGUUCUACAGAGCGACGUCAUGAUCCACUCACCAUAAUGGAUGGUGUCAACAGAAUUGUUUCCGUCCGAUCAGGUCGUGAGUGGUCAGAUUGGUCUAGUGAAUUGCGAAUUCCAGGGGAUGAACUAAAGUGGAAGUUCAUCAGUGAUGGCUCUGUGAAUGGAUGGGGAUGGCGAUUCACUGUUUACCCUAUCAUGCCAGCUGCAGGCCCUAAAGACCUUCUCUCAGAUCGUUGCAUUCUUUCCUGUCCCUCAAUGGAUUUGGUUACGUGUUUGUUGGAUUUUCGCUUAAAUUUUGCUUCAAACAGGAGUAUAGUUCCUCGCUUGGCAGCUUCUCUUGCAGCGUGUGCUCAACUGAGUGCCUUAGCUGCUGGACACAGAAUGUGGGCCUUGCAGAGACUACGGAAACUGCUCACAACAGAGUUUGGACAGUCAAUUAACAUCAACCGGAUUCUAGGGGAUAAUGAUGGAGAAACACGGGCUUUGAGUUUCACAGGGAGUGCUUUAGCUGCUUUGGUUAAAGGUCUUCCAGAAGCUUUGCAGCGGCAGUUUGACUAUGAGGACCCUAUUGUGAGAGGUGGCAAACAAUUGCUCCACAGCCCUUUCUUUAAGGUGCUUGUGGCUCUUGCUUGUGAUCUGGAGUUGGACGCUCUCCCUUGCUGUGCAGAGACUCACAAAUGGGCGUGGUUCAGGAGAUACUGUAUGGCAUCCAGGGUUGCUGUGGCUCUUGAUAAAAGGACACCAUUACCUCGCCUUUUCCUUGAUGAGGUGGUGAAGAAAAUCCGAGAAUUAAUGGCGGAUAAUGAAAAUAUGGAUGAUCUUCAUGAGUGCCAUGAUGUCUUUAAGAGAGAACAGGAUGAACAGCUUGUCCAGUGGAUGAAUAGACGACCCGAUGAUUGGACACUUUCAGCUGGAGGCAGUGGAACUAUUUAUGGUUGGGGUCAUAAUCACAGAGGACAACUUGGUGGGAUUGAAGGUGCAAAAGUCAAAGUCCCAACUCCAUGUGAAGCUCUUGCUACCCUUAGACCAGUGCAGUUAAUUGGUGGUGAACAGACUCUGUUUGCAGUGACUGCUGAUGGCAAAUUGUAUGCCACUGGAUAUGGAGCAGGUGGUAGGCUUGGAAUUGGAGGAACAGAGUCAGUUUCUGCUCCAACUUUACUGGAAUCCAUUCAACAUGUGUUUAUAAAGAAAGUUGCAGUGAACUCAGGAGGAAAGCACUGUUUGGCAUUGUCUUCUGAGGGAGAAGUUUAUUCUUGGGGUGAAGCAGAAGAUGGUAAGCUUGGUCAUGGAAACCGAAGCCCUUGUGAUCGUCCUCGUGUAAUUGAAUCUCUGAGAGGUAUAGAAGUGGUUGAUAUUGCUGCAGGGGGAGCACACAGUGCAUGUAUUACAGCUGCAGGAGACCUUUUUACAUGGGGAAAAGGAAGAUAUGGACGCCUUGGGCAUGGAGAUAGUGAGGACCAACUAAAACCUAAACUGGUGGAAGCUCUCCAGGGCUACCGUGUGAUUGACAUAGCCUGUGGCAGCGGAGAUGCGCAGACAUUGUGCCUGACUGAUGAUGAUACAGUCUGGUCCUGGGGUGAUGGAGAUUAUGGAAAACUUGGGAGAGGAGGCAGUGAUGGCUGUAAAGUACCAAUGAAGAUUGAUUCCCUCACAGGCCUUGGAGUGGUUAAAGUAGAAUGUGGAUCACAAUUUUCUGUGGCUCUUACGAAAUCUGGAGCAGUAUUUACGUGGGGCAAAGGAGAUUAUCAUCGGUUAGGCCAUGGAUCUGAUGACCAUGUUAGAAGACCACGCCAAGUGCAGGGACUGCAAGGAAAGAAAGUCAUUGCAAUUGCUACUGGGUCUUUGCACUGUGUUUGCUGCACUGAAGAUGGGGAAGUGUAUACAUGGGGAGAUAAUGAUGAAGGGCAGCUUGGAGAUGGAACAACUAAUGCCAUCCAAAGACCACGCUUGGUUGCAGCACUUCAGGGUAAAAAGAUCAACAGGGUGGCCUGUGGCUCAGCACAUACUUUAGCUUGGUCAACCAGUAAACCUGCUAAUGCUGGCAAGCUCCCUACACAGGUUCCUAUGGAGUACAACCAUCUGCAGGAAAUUCCCAUCAUUUCAUUGAGAAACAGGCUUCUGCUGUUGCAUCACAUUUCUGAACUCUUCUGUCCUUGCAUUCCAAUGUUUGAUCUUGAAGGAAGACUUGAUGAAACUGGCCAAGGACCCUCAGUUGGGUUUGACACAUUGCGGGGAAUACUGAUAUCACAGGGAAAGGAGGCAGCUUUCAGAAAAGUUGUACAAGCAACUAUGGUGAGAGAUCGUCAGCAUGGGCCAGUUGUAGAGCUCAACAGAAUACAGGUGAAACGUUCUAGGAGUAAAGGAGGACUGGCUGGGCCUGACGGUACAAAGUCAGUGUUUGGACAGAUGUGUGCUAAAAUGAGUUCCUUUAGCCCUGAUAGCCUUCUGCUUCCUCAUCGUGUUUGGAAAGUCAAGUUUGUUGGUGAAUCUGUGGAUGAUUGUGGUGGAGGUUAUAGUGAAUCAAUAGCAGAAAUGUGUGAGGAGCUUCAGAAUGGGCUGACCCCUCUGUUAAUUGUGACACCAAAUGGAAGAGAUGAAUCUGGAGCAAACAGAGAUUGUUUCCUAUUAAAUCCUGCUGCCAAGUCACUCUUGCAUAUGAACAUGUUCCGUUUUCUUGGUGUACUUUUGGGCAUUGCUAUCCGGACUGGCAGCCCUCUGAGCCUCAACCUGGCUGAGCCAGUAUGGAAACAGCUUGCAGGAAUGAACCUAACAAUUGCUGAUCUCAGUGAGGUUGAUAAAGAUUUUAUUCCUGGGCUUAUGUACAUUCGAGACAAUGAAGCUACUUCAGAAGAGUUUGAAGCUAUGAGCCUCCCGUUCACUGUGCCUAAUGCCAGUGGUCAAGAUAUUCAGUUGAGUUCCAAGUACACCCACAUUACACUGGAUAAUAGAGCUGAAUAUGUGCGGCUGGCAAUAAACUACAGACUUCAUGAAUUUGACGAACAAGUUGCAGCAGUUCGUGAGGGGAUGGCCCGUGUUGUUCCAGUUCCUCUGCUUUCACUCUUUACAGGAUAUGAACUGGAAACUAUGGUAUGUGGAAGCCCAGAUAUUCCACUUCACCUUCUGAAAUCUGUAGCAACUUAUAAAGGCAUUGAACCAACUGCUUCCUUGAUACAGUGGUUCUGGGAAGUAAUGGAGUCGUUCUCCAAUACAGAGCGGUCUCUCUUUUUGCGUUUUGUGUGGGGCAGAACAAGGCUGCCGAGGACUAUUGCAGACUUUAGAGGAAGGGACUUCGUUAUUCAGGUAUUGGAUAAAUACAAUCCUCCAGACCACUUCCUUCCUGAGUCAUACACUUGCUUCUUUCUCCUGAAGCUGCCCAGGUAUUCCUGUAAGCAGGUGCUAGAGGAAAAACUGAAGUAUGCCAUUCACUUUUGCAAGUCUAUAGACACUGACGAUUAUGCCCGGAUAGCGCUGACAGGAGAGCCAGCGGCUGAUGACAGUAGUGAUGAUUCUGAUAAUGAAGAUGCAGAUUCUUUUGCUUCAGAUUCUACACAGGACUACUUAACAGGACAUUAAAAAAAUAAUAUAGGUGAUAGUUGUCACAAGCACUGAGGCAAAACGCCAAAAUGACAAUGAAGCCAAGGAGAGUUUAGAUCUCAGAAUAUAGAGCAUGUAGUCAGAGGGAUGGUAAUCUUCUGAACAUGGGGGAAGUGUGUUUGCUACUCACAGUAGGAAUUAAGGGUUACAGCUUAAACCAUCAGCUUAGAAUAAAUGGCACAGUACGUGGGCAUUUUAACAUUUAUUUUAAGAGCUGAAAGUGGCCCCCCGUAAUGCUGCACUACAUUUAGAACCUUUGUGUUUACUGAAGUGUUGUAAAUGUUUAUAUAAAUAUGGUAGUGCAGCAUCCAAAAGGCAGUGAAACCUUUAAAUUGUGGGUGCAAUAGGUUUUUUCAUAUUAAGUGUUGUGUUUUGUGCAUCUUCUUGGUUGUAUAUUGGAAAUACUGUGCAACAACUGAAUAGUAUUAUAAAUAUUUCAAUUAACUUUACUAGAAGUUUGUUAAAAAUUUUUGAACAUUGAAUUAACAUUAUUCCUUGAAAUUCUUCUAUAGAUAAUAAAAAUGGCCAAUAGUUUCACCUCCACCCCUGGUUUGUAUAUUUUAGCUUAUGCGUUAUUUAUCUCAAAUUUGAUACCUUUCUGUGAACAGCAUCAUGAUUCUUAUCAUGGAAAGUGUACUGUAUAUAAUUUGUGCCAUGUAAAUGCAAAAGUUAUAAUUUCCCUCCAAAUAAAAGUUCUGCCACAGAAAAAA